UUAGGGUUCCCGAAAAAAAGAUUUUAUUUUCGUUCAAUUGCAGGGACAGUAAGCUAUUGCGUUCCAAGUAGAAGAUAUGGCAACUCUUGAAGCAGAAUUGGUGAGUGUUGUUGACAUGGACAUGGAGACUAUUAGCUAUGAUGAUCUCCAUCGGAGAUAUGCCCAUACAAUGCAGAAAGUGGAAAAAGCCCUCGAAAACUAUUCCGAGUACAAUCUAAUUAUGGGUUGCAAUCAACUCGUCUUGGAGAUUAACAAGGAGAUAGUCAUGUUCCACCACUUUAUCCGUGGCAAGUACAGACUUCAGUUCCCAGAGCUAGAGUCACUGGUGCAACACCCAAUCGAUUAUGCCCGUGUUGUGAAAAAAAUUGGCAGUGAUAUGGAUUUAACACAAGUUGAUCUACAAGGCCUUCUUCAACCUGCUACUGUCAUGGCUGUUUCGUUUACUGCUUUAACCUCAAAAGGGAAACUGUUGCCACAUGAUACCCUGGAAAAGACCAUAGAUGUUUGUGAUCUGGCUCUUGAUCUUGAUGCUGCUCGGAAGAAGGUCUGCUACUUUGUUGAAACAAAUAAGGGAUCAAUCGUGGAGACUGCUGGAGUUUCUGGACUUGGGAUAUGUACUAGUAUACUCUAAACUCGAAUCUUUUCGACAUUACUGACAAAAUCGAACCCAACUCAAGACAAAGAAGAAAAUUCACGAUUUCUACGUUUUAGCCUCUUGUGUCAAAGUGUAAAUUUUGUCGGUUUGUAGACAUGUCAUCGUUGUUAGCAUCCAUAUAGAUGCAUUUCCUAUGAUUGAAUUUGUUUCCUGGUUGGUGGAGCGGGAAUAUUAAACAAUCUCGAGAAAACUUUCAUUAUGUGUUGAUCGCUUAAAGGUAUUAUUCAAUUGCAUUUAU